CGCUGACGCCAGUUGGCCAAGAACAUGCGAAGCGCGCGGUCGCCAUGACAACGAACGAAUGAUAUAAAAUAAAAAAAAAACGAAUUCGCGGGAAAAUCUGUCAAAAUUUUCAACUAAUCUUUGCAUUUCGAUUUAAUUGUGUAAUGUGGUUGUGUAUGGAAAUGUGGCUUUAAUGUGAGUGGUUAAACGGUCGAGUUUUCUCAGUUGCAGUUAAGACCUUGGUUGUUUUUUAAAAGAUGUGGUCCCUUGUGGUGGUAGCGGCAUUGUUCGCGACCGCGCGGUCCAAACAAUUACCACAGAGUGCAGAUUUACCAAAUACCGCGGUGGCUACAGUCACCGAAUCCGACUCGGAGUGGCCGGAAGCGCUGGCACCACUUGACACCCUCGCUGUCGCGUGCGAAAGGGACAACAUGCACGUCACUAUAUCGCUCUCCACUAGUCAUGCUAACAGUGUCUACGACUCAUUCAACGGCAUAGUCUACCCAGCUGGGCUGGGCAGCAACUCGACAUGUCUCCGAGAGUUCGUUUCCGCCCGAGGUGAUCUCCAGUACACGCUUCCACUGAAGGGCUGUAACACAAUGUCUACUGAUCAUGAGGACGGAACAGUAGAAUACUACAACAAUAUAAUAGUGCAGCCUCAUUUGCGCCUUGUGACUGGCCAAGGGCGGGGCUACCACGUCAGGUGUCGCUACCGUAGGCGAGACCUCACUCUCUUCCAUUUGCACAGACCACACGCCGACAGACUCACUUCCAGGACUGAUGUACGAGAUGAGUACGAUGAGGAAUCCGGUUUAUUGCCCUCUGUAACUAUGAAAAUCUUUAAAGGUGACCCCGAAGAAAAACAGGUGGCGUCAAACGUUCGCAUCGGUGACACGCUCACGUUAGUCGUGUCACUAGAAAAACAGAGGAAGUACGGCCUUCUCGUCUCCGAGUGCUCAGUGCGGGAUGGACUGGGAUGGGCUGAACAGAGCUUGAUCGCUGAUGAUGGCUGCCCACUAGACGGCGAAAUAAUGGGCCUCUUCCAGUACAGCGUCGAGAAGCAAGAGGCGAAGGUUUCGUUCCCAGCUCACAAGUUCCCUUACACGGCCAGCGUCUACUACACGUGCGAAGUCAAACUGUGCGAUCUCAAUCAUCCCACGGAUUGCGAGCCUUGUUCGCACAAGAAGCGCGUGCGCCGUGACACGGAGGAAGGAUCGCCCGCAACAGUCGAAGUUUUUUCCGGACUUUACGUCAACGAAGCAGAUUCGCUGGACAACGAUGACGUUGUUAGCGAGAAGAAAGAAGACGAAAUCUGCAUUUCCCAACGCAACUUUGCCAUUGGAAUAUGCAUAGCCGGUGUGAUUUUAAUGAUUUGCGUAAUAGCAGCUAUAGCCUUUAUUCUAGCACGACGAAGGAACCCUAAAACUUAUUCUAGAACUGGCAGUUCACUGUACAGUGGCCCGUACACCAACACUGGCUAUUCGCAUACAAGUUAAAUCUGUAAUAAUGAGCCAUAGAAUUAAUAAGACUCAAGAAAUGGCUGCGGUUACACUUCGCCUCCUGUCAAAAGGGAUUUCGUCAUAAGCUGCUCGUUCAAUUCUUACACUGAAUCUGAAUAAACGUUACGAUAUUUUUCUAUGGAAAACUUGUGCAGUAUUUGGGACGUGUCAAAUGUCAAACGCUAUCGAUCUGUCAAAAACUGACAUCGUCAGUAAACUGAUUAUCGUCUCUGUAGAACUUCGCGCCAUUUCAAAUGUCUUUGCUAUUACUUCUAUUAUUCUAAAAGAACUUUAAAAGACCACUAAAGUUUUAUACACAUAUCCGUCCAUUUUGUUUAGCUGCCAAUGUCAAGCUGACAAUAUUUAUUGGUUAGUUAGUGUUAAACAACGAAAAACAUUGCACUCAGUGCCAUGGGCCAUUUCUGUGUAAUUGUUGUGUUCAUUCACAACGAAACAGUCAUAGUUUAAGUUAAAUUUAAGUAUUACACAUGGUAUUUUAAUAUUCAUCUAUUUCCAUUUUAAUUCAUCAGGAAUAGUUAAUUAUCUUGUGUAAAAACAUAAUACUAAAAAGCAAUUAUAUAUUUCCAAUUAUUUAAAAAAAUAUCGUAAAAUCUACCAAGUUGACUAUAACUUUCAAUUACAUAAUAAUUUUAGAUGAAUUAAAAUAUCAUGUGUACGAGAACCUUAAUAUUUAUAUGGAUAAUUUGUGAUAAUUUUCCGUCCGUUAAGUAUAGAUUAAGUCCAAUAGAUGGUGACCUUGCAUUACGUAAUUAUAUUAAAAUGAUCAUUUACUAAUGAAGCAGUUUUUGUGAUGUCUUUUUAAGUUUGUGCUUUUAUUAUAUAGAGUAACUUUAUUAAAGAACAGCAGAAAAUGUGUUUAAAUAACCGAACUACAAAAAAAUGCUAAAAAAUAAGUAUACCAAUGGGAAAGUAAAAGAAUAAACUAAUCGGGCAUUACGUAUCUAUUAAACAUUACAUAUCUUUUACAGAUAAUUUAAUCAGCAACAGUGACCUAUAAUUAAUGUUACUCUACUUAAUAAAAUAUUUUAAGCUAAUCAUAUUGUUAUACACCAAAACAAAGGCUUAAUUCUGGUGAUGGGAAUUAUUGAAAAAUAAAGUUCAUGUUUCACUUUUACAAUGUCCAAGGAUUUUUACUAAAGAAAUCUUUUUCGAAAAUACAAUAAAAUUUAUACCUUGAAUUCAAAUGAACUUAUGGCGUUUUACGUAAAUUAAUUUAGUAUUUGACAUAAAGUUCAACAUACUCUGUGGUGAAACAAUAUAUUUCCCGCCUUGUUUUUUUUACUAUUUUGUUGGUUCGCCAUUAUUAUAUGUAUUGCCAUACUUAAUCCGUCCAAUAUCGGUGCUAUAUUUAAUACCGCUUUUGCUUUAAGAUAGGUACAUUUGUAAACAUUUUUCAACACAUACACAGAAACACAAAAUAAUAAACAAAAAAAAAUUACAAAAAGUUAUGGAAAGAAAAUAGAAACAUUUUAAGCGUGUAAUGUCUGUGUUUUGUGGCAGUAAGUGGCCCUGGCCAGAGACCACAACACAACAGUCAGUUGGUCUUCAAAUUAUUAUUGAAUAGUAAUUAAAGUCUACUUUAUUAAUAAGCAACGCAGUGGCAGUAAAUAAAAUAAUACUGAUGUCACAUAUAUCGAGUUUUAAAUUAUUGAAGUAUCGUCUUUGAAUUUACUGUAAUGUUUACAAAUGUAUAUAAUAGUUUUAUGCAACGAAUUUUCGAUAUAAGUUUCAUACACUCCAUUGAUUGUGUAUAUUACAAUGGGGUUCUGGAACUGUAUCGCUAUGUAUUACGAAUUUUUAACAAAUAAACUGACUAAGAAUA